UCCCACAGUACUGGAACACUCUAAAAAUAUCUAAACAAAACCAGUUAACAGAUGAAUUCUGUCGACAUUGGAAAGAGAAGAAGGAAGAGAAAGGAAAACACUCCUGGCAAAUGCCUCAGCCUUUCAGGGUGAAUCUUUUCAGCUGGAGCAUUCCUAGAACCGGAGCAAAGUGAUAUCGUAACAGCAUUCGGAAGCAGUCAUGGGCCUUCACAAAUGCACUGGUCUCUACUUAUUACUCUGUAUCAGCACAAUUUUGACCCUCUGUCAUCAAAGUUCAGCCUGUCACCUGGGAACGCAGACAGAAUGUGAGAAAGCACCCUUUGUGCCUGGCUACAACCUUGCAGGAGAAGGAUUUGAUGUAGUCAGCCUGAGACGCAAAGGUGCCUAUUUGAUAAAUGUCGAAUCCCACAAAUAUGACAACAAUACAUGUACUGUGUGUGAGAACCGCUUCCAACAAGGACAGAUGCAGAAACUUCCCUUGGCCAUUGUGGACUGGCGUCCUUUGAGUCACUGUAGCAAACAGCUCUCAAGCGCUCUUUAUUAUUCCACUUAUUCACUUAUCAAAAGCUCCACAUCACAAAUCAACAAUAACUGGGGAGUAGGCCUUAGCCUGGAUGAUUUUGGUAAGGCUAUUUUAGGAGGGAGUCAUUCAGACAUAGCGAACUUUGCCCGAUCGCAGCAGAUUAUGGACAAGAUGACCUUUGCUCUUCACGAGAUCAGCUGCACUUAUUACAGCUACAGGGUAGUGAAUCAGCCAGAGCUCAGUGAAGAAUUUAAAAAACAUUUACUUCAACUACCUACACACUACAGUGAGAAAACUAAGCCCCAGUAUCAGAGGAUUAUUGAUACAUAUGGCACCCAUUACAUCCGCCAUGUCUAUUUGGGAGGACGCGUGAGACAGGUCACAGCCUUCCGAACCUGCCUUGCAACCCUAAUGGGGUUUUUGGAGAUGGAUAUAAAGAACUGUCUGAACAUUGAGUUAAAAAUCGCUCUAGGAUUUCUGCCUGCAAACAUAUCAUAUUCUAAUAAAUGCUCAAACAUUCUCAAGGAUAACAUGAACACAGGCUUCUAUCAGGGCUUCUUGACACAGAAGUUUGAGGUCUUGGGUGGCGAAAGUUACAUCCCAAGCCUUGCGUUUCCAGCCGACAGGUAUGCAAGCUGGAUGAACAGCUUGCGUGAAAACCCAGAAAUAAUUUCCUAUGACAUUUUUCCUCUCCAUCACCUUGUUGCUGACUCAGAGCUGAGUGCCAGCCUCAAGAACGCAGUGUCUGACUACAUUAAAGAAAAUAUGCUUCCUUUGGAGAAGAAUCCAAGCCACAAAUGCAACCUAACGCCAAACUUGGACCACAACUGCUGCCCUCUGCGAGCACAUCGUGGCACCAUGAGAGUGGUGGUGCAACGGGCCAAUGGUCUCAAGGCUGACCCAUUUAGUAAAAGCGAUGCUUAUGUCAAAGUGUGGUACAAUAACAAGUAUGAGCAAACAUACAUAAUAAUGAAUAAUGAUAAUCCAGUAUGGUACAUUCCUUACAAUUUUGGUUCAAUACAAUUUGGUCAUGCAUUAAUAUUUGAAGUGUGGGACAAGGAUGUAAGGUACGAUGACUUCUUGGGAAGGUGUUCCAUCUACCCUGAACGUGGAGAUCACUCACAUAGUUGUAGGUUAAACAAAGGAGUCUUUUAUUACAAGUACAUUGCAGAAUGUGACACUCACCUGUCCGGUCACUGGUGUGGACAUUACUCCCCAAAAGCCUAAAUACUUAAUUCAGGCAAUUACAACUACGAAAAUAUGACAAAUUUUUUUUUUUUUUUGUAUAUCUAUACUUCAAAUGUCAUUUCAAGUCACCAUUAAGAAUAGACAUGUAUAAUCAAUGAGUUCUAAUUUGCUUAUUAGUGUCAGCACUUUCUAAAUGGAACCAUGCCUAUAAGAAAACUUCCCUGUUGAAUUUGCAGCAAUAUUUCUGGGUUAAAAUGAAUUUACUUUGUACUGCGUAUAUAAAGUGGGGUCUGUAAAUAUUUAGACUUAAGCAAUUCUUGUAAAUUUGUAAACUUGUGUAAUGCAGUAUAUAAGAGCUGAAAUACAGUACUGAAUAUGUUAUUUACAUCCAAAUAUGAAUUGUGUAGGAAUUACAGCACAUUUUAUGUGGUCCCCCAAUUUUAAAAAAUUAUUGGAUAGUUGGCUGCUCAUCUGUUCCAUGGGCUGAGUGUGGGGUGUUGUGUGAUUCCCUCAUUAUUUCACUUACAUAUAAGCAGAUAAAAGGUCUAGAGUAAAUUUUAAUUGUGCACUUAAAUUUGGAUUCUGUUGAAAAAGUUAUCAACAUGAAGCCCACUCUCAUCAAUUAGCCUGAAACACUGAAUUAAUAGUUUUACUUGGCUUAAAUGUGUGGGUUUGUGUUGGCUCACAUUCAUUAUUUUUCAUUUUGUUUAAUUAAGUCUAGUAACAAAAAACAAUUCCCUGACUAAGUGAACUAGCAUGAGAAUGUGUUUUUUUCUAGAGAGACAAAGCGCUACUAUAAUUCACUCUCAUCUGCCAAAUGCUGUAAAUGACCAAACUGUUACAAUGGGACUGUUUGUGAGCCAAGACACAAUAAUGAUCUGAAGUCAAUCAAUCAAGAAUUAGUAUUAAUUAAUCUUCUUAUGGGUAAAUUUGCACACAUUCGAGAGCAUGAGAAGGAUAUGCAUGCUCUACCAAAAUAAAGGAAUUUUCAUGAAUUACUAAAUUCUUAUGUAAACACUUCUACAAAUGAUUUAUGAAUGAAACCAUUCGAAUCCAUCUUUAUAAAUAGAGAGACAGAGUUCGCAAUAGGCCAAAUCUGUAGCCAGCCUUGUGCAUCUUAACACAUUGUUCUUUCGGCUGCUCCCUGUUCAGUGUCGCCAGUGGAUUGUCUGGUGAUUUUGGCACAGGUUUUAUGACGAAUGCCAUUCCUGUCGCAACCCUCCCAUUUUAUCUGAGCUUGGGACCAGCACAGAGUUAACUCCUCAGUGACCAGGUUAGCUCCCUGCCAUGGCAAUGAUAGUACAGGAUCCUGCCGCUGGACCACCAGGUGACCGUGCAUCUUAAUAUGUAAACUGCUAAAUCUUAGUCUUGCUUAGUAUAAUUUGCACAAUCAUAUUGAUAUUACUGCUGUCAAGAACAAUUCAAGAGCUUUGAGUCAUGACUGUAUGAGCUAGCAUUUAGUUAGUGGGCAUUAGCUAAUCUAGUAUCAGGUAUGUAUGAAAUGCAGGUAAAUAUACUGCUGGUAGCUAAUGUAAAACCUCAACUGAAAACAUGCCAAUACACAGCAGUCAAAAUUUACACUCAACACAACCUAUUUCUUAAGUGGGGGCAGAGUAUGAUUUGAAACUAGCUGACUAUUCCAGCAAAUUACCAUCUGAAUAGAGAACAGGUUCUUUUAGGCUCUGCUCAUUUUAGUAGUUGAGUACACUUUGAACAUCAGCCAAGGUCAUACAGUCUAUAGUAAAUUGUUGGGAAAUGCAGCUAGUGCUUGCUGCCUUGGUUUACACGACCAUUUUGUUUACACACAGGUUUUACUACUUAUACUCUAUAACUCUCAAGUCAAGCACUGUUAGAACAUCUUACAGUAGAACAAGACAUGGCAUUGACACAAAACUGGCAAGAGUUUUGUAGAGUUCAGCUGCAUGCUGGAAAGUUUGUGAAUGUUCAUGAGGCUUGAUCAAGUACAAAACUUUUAAUGAAAUAACUUCUAUAAAAAUGUAAUUUCCCUUAGGGAAAAUAAUGGAGAUAAGCUCAGCUGAACAUUUAAAAAAUGACUAUUCCUAAAAAAUAAUAUGUGGAGAUGUAAUCUUAAAUGUUUCACUUCCAUGGGAAUAGGCAGGGUUGCACUGAUACCAGCCACUAGAGGGACUUGAACAUUUUAGGUUCUCUUUUCCCAGUCACAACAUCAACUAAAUACAUACUUUUUCACUUUGUUCUUAAUAAAAAUAAAAUAAUAAAAAAAAGCAACUAAAAGAGACUAUAAAAAUUGUCUUUAUUUGACAGGAACAUGUACAACAAUAUAC